AUGGAUAACGCCGACCCGAACGAGCCAGUCUAUCCAUGCCCAAUCUGUGGUCGUAAAUUUGUCAAAUCUAGCUUGGAGAAACAUGAAUCCGCUUGUCGAAAGCUUGCUACUCUGCACCGUAAGCCAUUCGAUUCGGGAAAACAACGUGCCAAUGGAAGUGACUUGACCUACGCUGCCAUCAAAAAAGCUCAAAAUGAGAAAGCCAAGAACGGCGGAGUGUUUCCAAGACCACAAACCAAUUGGAGAGAACGUCACGGCAACUUCAUCGACGCUGUUUCCUCGUCAAAACGUGUUGACUACGCUCUGAAAACGGGUGCACCGCUUCCACCACCACCGAAAACUGCAGUUCCAAGUGACUACGUUCAAUGUGAGUACUGUAGCCGCAAUUUCAACGCGGCUGCUGCUGAGAGACACAUUCCUUUCUGCAGAGAACAAACAACACGAAAACAAGGUGGCAAGUCAUCUGCCGGAAAUCGCGGGCUCACCAGCAACAACUACAGAAGCCUACCAUCAAAACAUGAAGGAAGAAAACAAGAAUCAUCGAGUCGAAACGGAUCUGCCGAGCGGAAAACAACCACAAGAGGAAGGGACGGAAGCCUAUCGCGAGCACGUAGAGACGACUCAAACGACCUGACUAAUAGAAGGAAAUCGCUUGAGACACGAUCUCAGUUGACUACGGGCCAGGCAAACAACAGAACUACGUCAUUGUCUGCUGGAACUCGUCCAGCACUUCCACCAAUGACACCAAGCAGCAAGAGAAGCAGUUCUGCCAAACGAGAUCUUCCACCAAAUCCCACCACACACCAACGUCUAAAAACGCCAGCACCUAAAACCACCACCACCGCCAGUGCAAGCCGUAGUGGAUCGGGAAGUUCUUCAAGGACUCGUACUCGUGAUGAAUCUCGUGAAUCUCGUUUAUCCCAAGCCAAAAGCAACAGUCGCAAUAAUUCUCGCUCCAGAAUCUUCUGA